CUACUCCACAGCAGCCUGGACUCCUCAGGGCUGUUGUUCCCGUCCACCUCCCGCGCGGACGCGUUCCUGGGCGCGUUGUGUGGGCUGUCGCCCAAGGUGAUAGUGGUGGGGAAGCAGGAGGCGAGCCACAACUACUGCGCGGCGCUGUUCGACCGCCUGGAGGUGGGAGCGGCGCGCGGGUCUGUGGAGUGCGCGCGCGCCGAGCGAUGGCUCCUGGGCGAGGAGCUCAAGAACAUCGGGGCCUGCGACGGCGCGGAGCGGCGGGAGCGGCACAAGCGGCUGGACAGGUGGGCUAGGCGCAUGGAGGGCGCCAGCUUCGGCCGCGUCCUGCUCAGCUACUACGCGUUGUUGCAGGCCCGGCGGGCGGCGCAGGGGCUCGGCUGCGACGGCUUCAAGGUCCGCGAGGAGAAGGGCAUCUUCUUCCUCUGCUCGCAGGACCGCGCCCUCUUCUCCGUCUCCGCAUGGCGCGGCCGCCGCUUCGACUGAC